AUGAGCAGCUCCCUCGAGACCAUCGGGCAUGGCGCCCUGAAUGACCAUUUCUCGAGCCUCUCGAGCGCUGGAAUAGCUUCCGGGAGUUCGAAUCACCCAGCUCAUAUGAAGUGGACCUUUAACGCUGCAAGGGUUGAUCUGAAAAUGAUGCAAAUCCUCAAUGAUGAGCUGCAGACCCCCAGAGCUGACAUUACAUCCAUCAGUCCCAAGUCCACUCAUCAUACACCGGGUAACUGGAAUACCAGAACAUCCCCUCAAAAUGCCAAACAGCUUUUCGGGAAUUCGUCUAGGGUCCCAAUGGUCAAACUGACAUCUCCCAUGCCCGCAGAAUUCCCUGACUCUGCUAUCCAUACACCGGAAACUUCAGCUUCCACUCUCGACCCUGCUCCCAAGACCCAAACCCGAGUUCCGCGAGAAAAAUGCAAUAUCAUGAAAACUAUCCCCACACCCGAAUCUCCAGACCCAACGAACUCAACCGGAUGUCUAAUCCCAAACCAAUUCGACUUCAUCUUCUUGGACAGAAGGCUCCUAGAAUCAGAACCCCACACCGAAUACAUGGACGCAGUCCCUCGAUUCCUCGAUUCCCUCGAGACCACCGUCCGCAACAUGGAAGAUACAGCCUUUCCACUACAAACAUUCAUGAUUCAACAACAACUCGUUGCAGGAAUUCCCCCCCGAUAA